AUGUCAUCAAAUAUUCCUUUCCCACGUCUUCAACCCGCAGUAGAACAGGGACCAAAACAGAUUUUACCAGAUUUGAAUAUAAGAUUAAUCUGUCCAGAUUGCAAAAAUCCUGUACCAAACAUCAUCGAGGAAUUUGCAAGUGGUGACCUUGUUUGUGGUGAUUGCGGCCUUGUUCUCGGGGACCGAAUUAUCGAUACUAGGUCCGAAUGGAGAACUUUUGCUAACGAUGAAGGAGAUGAUCCCUCACGUGUUGGUGCCGCUGCUGAUCCACUUCUCGAUGGUUCGCAAUUAGACACGAUAAUUUCUAGAAGGGAUGGCGGAUCUGGAACCGCUAGAGAUCUUAACAAAGUUCAUGGUCGCGCAAAUGCAGUUAAGGGUGAAAAAAAUCUUGUCCAAGCCUACAAAGAGAUCGCUGCAAUGGCUGAUGCAAUAGGUUUAACUCGAUUGAUUGCUGACAUUGCUAAACAAUUGUAUAAAAGAGUCGAAGAAGAGAAACUUCUACGUGGUAAAAGUACGGAAUCGAUUAUUGCUGCUUGUAUAUUUAUCGCUUGUAGGCAAGAAAAUGUACCACGCACUUUUAAGGAAAUCUGUGCCAUUACUCGAGUCCCUAAAAAAGAAAUUGGACGUUGCUUCAAGACUCUGAUCCGUACCUUUGAAACCAAUGUAACUACAAUGACAUCGGAAGAUUUGAUGUCACGUUUCUGUUCGAGGUUGCACCUCCGUAUGGAAACACAAAAAGCCGCGCUUGAUCUUACAAUAACAACGAAAUCGCUUGGUACCCUGGAAGGAAAAUCACCGGUAUCUGUAGCUGCGGCUUGUAUUUAUAUGGCAUCUUGUUUGUAUAAUCAGCCUCAAUCAACAAAAGAUGUUUCUCAAGUAACGGGUGUUUCCGAAGUAACCAUCAAGAAUUCAUAUAAACUCCUUUAUGCGGAGCGUGAAAAGUUACUUGGUGAUAAAAAAUAUG